CCUGCUACAAAUUUAAGUUGACAAUUGUAACAAUAGCUAGUAGCUGAUAAGUAUUUUGAUAUAGUUUGCAAGCCGAAUCCUUCAAGACAUUUCCCCAGGUGAUAUUGACAAGAUCGGGUGUUGUAGCUCUGCUGGAGGUUAACAGUGAGGCAAGGUGCCUCAUCAAAUCAUCAAACAGUACAUCACAUCUCUUCCUUUUCAGAUUGUAUUGUCCAAGAAACUCCCUUCAUUCAAAAUGUCUCACUAUUAUGCUGGAGAUUCGACGGUAAUAUGGAUAGUCGUCAUAAGCUUCAUCGUCGCCUUCGUGCUAGCCAUGGGCCUCGGAGCCAACGAUGUCGCCAAUUCCUUCGGUACUUCAGUCGGCGCUGGGGUUCUGACGCUCUACCAAGCGUGCGUGGUGGCCGCCAUCUUUGAAACGGCUGGCGCCAUAUUGCUUGGGUACAGGGUGUCGGAUACCAUUCGGAAAGGCAUCUUCGAUCCCCUUCUCUACAAUGGCCGUGAUGAGCUACUUCUCAUAGGAAACCUGUGUGCUUUGUCAGCUUCCGGUAUAUGGCUCUUUACUGCCACUAUCCUCAGUGUACCAGUUUCUGCUACACACAGCAUUGUUGGUGCAACACUGGGCUUCCAUAUGGUGGUCUACGGAGGGGUUGGAGUCAACUGGAACACUGUUGUUGCCAUUGUAAUCUCAUGGUUCGUGUCACCCGUGCUGUCUGGUUUCAUCUCAUCGUGUAUCUACGGUCUCCUCUAUUUCUCCGUCAUAAAAAGGGACGACCCUCUGAAGUGGGGUAUAUACACUGUUCCGAUGUGGUACUUCUUCCUCAUCUUUAUCAAUUUCUUCUCCAUCUUCUACGGAUCAUCAGUAUUGUUCGGAUUUGAUGAGCUUUGGAUUGUGAUGGUCAUCUCAAUCGGUGGUGGACUAGUUGUCGCUGGAUUUGGAUUCUUCUUCAUCAUACCUUGGAUUAAAAAGAGAGUUUAUAAAUUAAAAAAACAGGAGAAACUAGAAAAAGCAGAGGAAGGACACACACAGAUUGAUCAAGAACAAGAGACUGAAUUAAAAGGUUUACCCAAUGCCCACAACGCUGGUGAUGCCGCCUCACUAGAGAAGAAAAACCCUGACGAUCCAGACGCCAUUUUGGUUCCCGAACCCCCGAUGACUAAUGGCAUAGGCAACGGAAUGACCAGUGGAAUGACCAAUGGAAUGUCCACUGGAAUGUCCAAUGGAAUGGGCAACGGAGCUGUGCCAGACUACGACAGAGCAAUAAUGGUCGAGAUGACUGUAAAUGACGAAGGCGAGGGUAACUCUGAUAAAUGGCUGGUUAAGAAGGGAUCCAAGGAAUGGGACUCCGUCAAAGACACGACAGAGGUUCGGGCCAUCUGCUCUCCGUUGCAGGUGGUAUCCGCCUGCUUUGCCGCUUUCUCACACGGAGGAAAUGAUGUCAGCAACGCCAUCGGUCCCCUGAUCAGUAUCUGGACCAUCUUUACCACCGGUUCUGUAGACCAGGAGACCCUUACCCCUAUCUGGAUCCUACUCUACGGAGGUGUAGGCAUCUCACUGGGUCUCUUCCUAUUCGGCCGUCGCGUUAUCAAGACAAUCGGAGAAGAUCUCACCCCAAUGACCCCGUCCAGUGGCUUCUGUGUCGAGCUUGGGUCUGCCUCCACGGUACUCUUAGCAUCCAACCUAGGCAUCCCUAUCUCCACCACCCAUUGUCAAGUUGGCUCCGUCUGCGGCGUGGGCUGGCUGAGGACGCGUAAGGCUGUUGACUGGCCUCUGUUCUCAGGGAUCUUCUUUGCCUGGGUGGUGACCCUUCCAGCUACCAUGAUGCUUAGUUCAGGUCUCAUGGGAUUCCUGCAGCACGUCGUUCCCGGGGGUUGCGAACUGGUUCCCAUCCCACUGGACAAUUCCACCGCAAUGGCAACUACUCUGGGAUUGGUGUAAAGAAACGCAUUUUUUUAUGCUGAUUGUAGAUCUGGUUGGAAGGAACAAUCCGACAAUGCAUGGUGUCUCACUGGUGGAGCAGUGGUCUCGUAACUGCAAGGCAACGGGUCCGAAAACAAUUUGGUGCCGUUGCGUCUUUUGCUAAUAAAUGCAUGGAUCUUCAACUGCCAAGUACCCUAGAAGAGGAUUUAAAGUUAUAAGUCCCCUGAUACUUACCGAUCUACAAUCAUCGGGUAAAUCAAAUCAUCAUCAAAUACAUUUAUAGAUCAGACCAGAUCACUCCCUGUAAACGCCAGAAUCAAUAACUGCCCUUAGUAUUGGAACUUUCAGAUACACAGAAAUCUUUAAAAGCUGCAUACUAAAGACCUGUGAUGUGCAGUUGAGGAAUCACUAAUUAAACUCCUGGCAUUAACAUCAAGUGAUUUGAUGUAUAUUAUUUUAGAAAAUUGAUUGGAUGCUAUCACAUAUAUGUACAUGUCGUUAUAUGCCAUCAUUAAGUAAUUUGAUUUGGACUUUAGGUUUUUUUUUUGGAACAGGGUAUCUAAUUUAUGUACAUGCCUUCUUUGUGUAAAAGUCCACUUAAAAUGAUGUGAUGAUCUUAUUGUUAAAACAGAUUAAAACAUAUUAUAAGAGAAAAUACGUCGACAGAGGUUUAUAAAGCAAUUUAUUAUCGAUUGCUAGACUGAUGAAGAUUGUUUAAUGUCCAAAAUACCAGACAUGAAAUGAGCAGUUUUUCGUAUUAAAACAAAACGAUCAUGCACACAGAACAAGGGGGUGAGGGCGCAUGAUAUACAUGUACUUUCUAGUGACCAAAUGAAAUUGAACAUGCAAAACCUUCAUGUGAAUUCGAGUCACUAAUGAAGAAGAGUCUUGCGAAAUCUUAAUCUGUUGACACGUUAAAAAGAAAACUUAGAAUAGGUAUAAGUUCAGACGGAGGCAAGUAACCCUGGGGGUAAAGGUCGGUGUUAAGAGCUAGUCGGGGUAAAUAUGGUGAGGUUGGUGUAAAGGUGACCGUCUGAACGAUGAUCGUGUUAGCUACGCCUACCUUUACCCCGACCUAUUUACUCCCGGAUUUUUCCAGGAGUAAUCCGCUAACACGACUGGAGGGUAGCGUAAGUUGACCGUGUGGAUGCUCUCACUCACACCCGGGAGUAUCCGUGACCUUUGACGAGCCAUCUAUACACAGAGUUUGGCCAACUUGGUUUCACUGGGUCACAUCAUGGCGUAUAUUCUUUUGUUUUGUGCUUGUCCAACGAAGCAGUAGUCGACAUAUUUCGUCCAACGCUGGUCGGUUGAAGGUCGUGUUAACUUAAUCUUGGCAAGUUGGUCCGAGUAAGAGCGUGCGGACAACUAAUGGUGUCAGUGAAAUAUACAUGAGGUAUCUACUGCUGCAGGGGUUGCCUUACGCCGACUAGCAAAAUGCCGUCUGAAUAAGACUAUUACCUA